GUGACCUCGGGCUGGGACUCGGGCUGUGACCUCCGGCUGUGACCUCCGGCUGUGACCUCCGCCUGGGCCGGGGCGCGGAUGGGGACGGAUGGACAGUCCCCUCGCUGCGCCGCCUGACCCUCCCCGGCCCCGGCCGGGCCCCGCGGGGACACUGCCCGCCUUGUCUCCAGCCCGGUGAGCUGGCCGCACCCCCGACCCUGCAUCCGGCCUGCAUGGCCACCUGCCCGCCGGCAUGGGACCGGGCGUCCGGCUGCUUCCUCUCCUCUGUGUGGCCCUUGUGUGCCGGGGUCUCGGCUGUAUAUGCCCCCCCGCCUCCCAGCUUUGCCUCCUUCCCGCCUGGGUCCCUGGAGGCCACAGUAGAGCCGGGAAAAGGGAAGACGUGGGGUGAGGCCCGGAGUUGGCAGUUGUGGCUUGGAUCCCAGCUCUGCCACUUCCUAGCUGUGUGACUUUGGGCAAGUGACUUGCUGUCUCUGGGCCUCGGUUUCCAGCCGUGGGAAGAACAUUCCAGGCAGAGGGAACGGCCAGUGCAAAAGUCAUGAGAUAGCUGGAUCAAGCCUUUCCUGAACUCCACCCAGCUGAGCCCAGCCUCCCGGAGGAAGCAGAGAGGGAAGCCACAGAGGGCGUGGCUGAUGCUGCCGGGCCCAUGGGAGGUGCAGAGGAGCAGGGUCCUGGUGGCAGAGACCACGUCCCAGCAGGAGCGGCUCCAGGCCAUUGCUGAGAAGCGCAGGCGGCAGGCGGAGAUGGAGAACCAGCGGCGGCAGCUGGAGGACGCGCGGCGGCAGCUGCAGCAUCUGAAGUCCAAGGCGCUGCGGGAGCGCUGGCUGCUGGAGGGCGCACCGUGCUCGGCGUCCGACGGGGACGAGGACCUGCGGAGGCAGAUGGAGGCGGACGAGCAGAGGGCGCGGCUGCUGGAGGAGGCCAUCGGCAGGCUGGAGAAGGAGAUCGAGGCGCUGGAGAACGCGGACACGGCCCCCGCCACCGCCAGGGAGCCCGCGGCGGCCCCCAGCCCGGCCCAGGAGGAGGAGAAGGCGGAGGUGGUGGUGAAUUCCCAGCAGAGCCCGGUGGGCACGCCCAAAGAGAAGCGCGUCUCCACGCCCGCGAGGACGGCCGCAGGCGCCACCAUGAUGAAAGCAGCCAUGUACUCGGUGCAGAUCACGGUGGAGAAGGACAAGGUGACCGGGGAGACCCGGGUGCUGUCCAGCACCACCUCGCUCCCCCGGGAGCCGCUCCCCCAGGGCAUCAAGGUGUACGAGGACGAGACCAAAGUGGUCCACGCCGUGGACGGCACUGCCAUGAACGGGAUCCACCCGCUGAGCUCCUCUGAGGUGGACGAACUCAUCCACAAGGCGGACGAGGUCACGCUGAGCGAGGCGGGGUCUGCGGCCGGGUCGGCGGAGACCCAGGGGGCCCCGGAGGAGGCCGUGUGGACCACGCCCUCCAGGCGGGAGAUCACCGGGGUGCAGGCGCAGCCGGGCGAGGCCACCUCGGGCCCUCCGGGCAUCCAGCCCGGCCAGGAGCCCCCCGUCACCAUGAUCUUCAUGGGCUAUCAGAACGUGGAGGACGAGGCCGAGACCCAGAAGGUGCUGGGCCUGCAGGACACCAUCACCGCGGAGCUGGUGGUCAUUGAGGACGCGGCCGAGCCCAAGGAGCCCGCCCCGCCCAACGGCAGCGCCGCCGAGCCCCCGGCCGCCGCGGCCCCCCGGGAAGAGAACCAGGUGGGGGCCGAGGCCCCCGCCAGCGAGCCCCAGGACCUCGACAUGAAGAAACACCGCUGUAAAUGCUGCUCCAUCAUGUGAGCCGCCCGGCCCCCCAGACCCCGGCCCCGCCCUCCGUGCCAGACACCCACCGCCCAGCCCCCCCGGCGCCUGCCCACCCUCCACCCACCGCCACGGGCCCCAGGACACGCCGUGUCGUCACACGUUCCUUCUGAGUUUUCUCUCACUGGAAAGAGAGGGACGGGGAGGUCCCGCCCGCCCCCCGCCCAGGCACCGCCCCCGACACGCCCUAACCACUGAGCCGCACGUCCGCACCUGGCCGCAGAGACACACACGGCAGACCCACCCGUCCCCGAGACGAGACCCCCGUGUCGCAGCAGCUCCACAGACGCGGCUCCCGCCCACGGCGUCCCGGCUGGCGUGACCCGGGGCCUCGGGGCGGCUCCGGGCCAGCCCGCCACCCUCUGGGCCUCCUGCCUGUGCCUUCCUGCCACCUCCCAUGAGGUCCCCGAGGGGACAUCUCACCAGAGGGAGCCGCGGGGGCCUGCUCAGUCCCCACCCAGCCCCGGGAAGCGGGUCCCUCGAGGGUCCCCACCUGAGGCGCCGGCGUCCGGGUCUCGGCCGGCAGGGGUGAGGCCAUACCUCUUGGGGGCCCAGGCUCGAGGUCUCGGCUGGAGCACACGCCCCUCCCCGCGUGCCCUCUCUGGGCGCAGCCAGUGGACGGUGGAGCCUGGGGAAGGGGGCGCCCUGGGGACAGGCCCCCCGCCGGGUAGGGACCUGUGACCCCUGCGCUGCCGUCUGGUCGGGGCGGGCGGGGGUCUCGGAGCUGCCCCUGCGCGAGGCAGGGACGUGUGAGCCGCUUCUCAUGCCGACCGCCCGCCCCCACUGGGCCCUCCUUCCUCCUGGUGCUAAUUCGGGGACCCCGAGGGCCUGCCCCCCGGCCCCGUCUCCAGCCCGCUUGGUCCAGGGUCCCGGGUCCCCCCGACUACACCCCGGCGAUCGGGCCCAGUGCCGGCUCCGCUGGGUGUGGCGCGUCCAGGCAGCGGAGGGGGACCCCCCACGGCCGCCCAGCCCGAUGUGAGCCUGCCCCCCUCUCACCGGGAGGGGCGAGGGGUGACCGGUGCCCAUCCUGGGGGUGGCCGACACCCGGCUGUGCACGCACGUCUCUGGGGUGCAGCCACCCUUGUCCCCGGAGGCGCAUUCGUGCACGCGCUCACAGCCCCUCUCGCGGGUGGGCUGAGGACGACCAGGCCGCCCCCUCGGCAGGGCGGGUGCAGGGGCCGCCUCGACCGCGGCCCGGGUCCCGUCUCAGCUCCGCCCCUCGUUGGCCGGGAGGAGAGGCCCUCGUGAGACGCCCCUGGGCCGUGGCCGUGGCCCCCCCUCCGCCCUCCUCGAGUCCACCUGCGUCCUCGAGCCGUGAGCCUCCGCCGCCCCCUCUGCUUUCGAUGUGUGACGAGGCCCCGAUGUUCUUGACUUUCCCGGAGAAGCAAAUAAAACAGUGUGAGCA